AUGGGGGACAAGGGCUACUCAAGCUUUCAGAAGAGCCCGAUACGGGGCCGCCCCAAUGUCAGCAAACUGGUGCCGAAGAAGCUGACGCGCACGACCACUGAUGACUCCCAGACUGCCAUCAACCGUGUGGUCCACGAAGCCUUGGCGCGUGGAGGCACAGUGUCUUCGCCUGAGGUUGCUGAGGAGGUGCAGCAGAGGGUGGCUUUGGUGUUGCAGGCAAAGGAGGACGAGCUCACAGGCAAAAUCACACACCAACAGCGCUUGCAGCUGAUCAAGCUGGUGGCUACACUGUCAGCAGAGGAGUAUUUUGAGGAAGCGAGGCGACUGCAGAGCUCAGCCCGACAGGAUGCAGAGCAGAAGGUCAUAUCGAGCUCGAUGCUGCCAGUCAUCUGGCGGCGGAUGCUUUGCAGCUACUUUCUUGGCCAGGAGGAGGUUCUGGGCCUUGGAGCCUGCUGCCGCUUUCUGCGACAGGACCAUGCGCUUGGUCUCCAGAGUUUCGUGCUUCCAAGCCACCUAGAAGGUUUGGAAGACACAGUGAGCACAGCACCCUUGGCAAUGAAGCCGCUGCCUCUGCCAGCGCUGAAGCGGCUCGUGUCGAAGUUCCGCUAUGCACAGAAGCUAGUUUGCGGCACGAGAUGUUGCCGUCUUCAGGAUUCCGAUCUGGAGCUUCUACCAUUGGCCCAGCUCAGGGUCCUGGACCUUAGCUUCUGCUACAACUUGACUGAAGAAAAGCUGCUGGAGGGCCUGCGCUCUACUCUCUGCCUCUCAGACUUGAGCCUCCGGGGCUGUUCGCAGCUCACAUCACCUGGCACAGACGAAGUCCUUGCAGACUUGCAGGGCCUGGCCUCUCUGGAUGUACGUGGCUGCAGCAACCUAUGCAGUGAAAGUAUGAUGCGCAUGACUGCAGAGAACCUGAAGCAAUUGACAACAUUGAGGUUUGGUUACACCUGUACACCUCAACUCUGGCCGGAGCACCAGGCAAUGCCCUUGGAGACCUUUUCCUCGGAGGCCUUCGCCGCCCUUGGGUCAAGCCACUCCCGAUUGCAGUGCUUGGAGCUGGACAUUGGUCUCAUGGCUCGUUGGGUGAACCGAGCAGAAGCACGUGUCGUGGACGAUGCCGUCGUGUCUUUGCUGUGCCUGAAGCACCUUCAGGCCCUCAUGCUGUGGAACUGCAAGGACCUCCAGCGGAUGACUUUUCGGAGAAUCCUGGACCGGCUUGGCGAUGACAUUGACACGGUUAGCAUCGACGACUGCUACCACGAACACGAUGCCUACUUCCAUGUCAUCCCAAGCGACUGGGGCAUCCGCACUGCACAGGACUUGGGCAAGGGCCUGAGGUCAGAGGCAAUGCUGCCGCCUUUCGGCUCAACAGCGGGACGUGCCGUCCUCAUCGGGCAAAAUGUUGCCCGGGAUCCGGAAGUCGUGUUGGCGAACACAGUCCAGCCACUCGUGGACAAGGGCUGCCAGCCGACCUUGCUCGUGCUGCACGGCGAAGGACAGUAUGAUGGGAUCAUUCAGCUGGCAAGUGACCGAACGGCGGAGAUUGAGCUCUUGACAUCCAUCAACAUACCGGACGACUUUUUGGAGAACUUCUGUUGCUCGAUGCUGAAGCGGUGUCCGCUACUGAGGAGGCUCGGCAUCCGCACAAAGGGUGCGAUGAUGUCUCUGGGUCAGCUCCGCGGAUAUGAAGCGCUUCUGAAGGUCCUGGCAGAGCAAUGCCAGCAACUCGAAGUCUUUGACACAUGGUUGAUAACCAGCUUCGAAAGCCUCACUAGCAGGCAGACAUUCAGGGGACCUGUGGUCGAAUACUAUGACGGGAACCCGAACUCUGCUUUGGCAUCUCCUCCUUCUGUGCACUACGAUACAUUACGCGACUUCUUUGGAUCGUGCCCCCGCCUGGCCGCCGUGCGCUUGAUCAUGCCCGCAGCAGCACAGGACCGGCUCGCUUUUUGGAGAUUUUGCUCCGAUGCCGGCUUCCCGCAGAGCUCCUUGAUCCUGGGACAGGAGCCGACACCCCGAAACCUCCCGCGGCCAGUUGUCGAGGUCGAGGCUGAAGAGCUGAAGAUCUUGCGGCAGCUGGACCCGGCACCGGUCACUGAGCUGGCGAUUAUGAAGGGUUGUCCGCUGACGACGGCUAUGGCAGGCGAGAUCUUGCGGUUCACACAGCUCCGAAGGCUUGGGCUGCAGCAGAUGCACAGCUGGCCUGUGCUUCGGGAGCUCCUCGUGCCCCUCGCAGAGCACUGUCCGGACAUAGAGGAGCUAUGGCUCGACGACAUCAUAGUUUCUGAAGAGGAAGGGGAGGUUUUUGUGGAGGCCUUGCAGAGGUUCAGACUCCGCAGCUUGCGCAUCGGAAAGCUGGUGCCGGAGAGCGUGGAGCAGAUGCUGGUGCAGGCGCUGCCAGGCUUGGUGCAGCAGAACCGGAGAACCCUUCAGAAUCUCGCAUGCAGCGGAGAGCUUGGCAGCCAGGUGCUGUGCUCACUGGCAGCCAAGGCCCCACAACUUCGCAGCCUUUCCGUCCGUGUGAGUCCGAGCCAAGACAAGAACGGAAAGGACAAGGAGGUUUGCUCUGACUUCGCUGGUAGCCAGGAAGAGCUGUUGCUGAAGCUCGUGGCAAGACGUCCCAAGCUUGAGGAGCUUGAGAUCGCCUGGGUGAGGCCACCGGACAACAACAAGCAGAGUGAGGAACAGGAGAGGCGGACGCUCUCGCAGGUGCUCCACCAGGGGCCGCAGCUGGUGGACUUGGGCUGCACGAACAUCACCUGCUACACAGGGCUGCAGUACAGCGACGGGCAUGAGUACACUCCUCAACCGGAUUCCGACGACAGUGACGACAGUGACUAG